UGCCGUGAUUUUUUUGUCAGACAAAUAUUGAAAAAAAUGGUUAGAUCUCCAUGUUGUGAUGAUGGCAGUUUGAAGAAGGGGCCUUGGACACCGGACGAGGAUCAGAAGCUGGUUGAUUAUAUCAGGAGACAUGGCCAUGGAAGUUGGAGAGCACUCCCCAAACUCGCAGGUCUGAACAGGUGCGGUAAGAGUUGCAGACUAAGGUGGACUAAUUAUCUGAGGCCUGAUAUCAAGAGAGGUAAGUUCUCUGACGAAGAAGAGCGAAUCAUAAUCAAACUUCAUUCAGUACUUGGAAACAAGUGGUCAAGGAUAGCUGUUCAUCUUCCUGGACGGACUGAUAAUGAAAUCAAGAACUUUUGGAACACCCAUGUCAAGAAAAAGUUUUUGCAAAUGGGUCUUGAUCCAAAUACCCACCAGCCAAGAGCUGAUCUCAAUUCAUUGGUGAAUCUUUCUCAGUUACUUUCAACAGCGAACUUCAGCAAUUUGACGAGUCCCUUGGAGGACGCCCUCAGGUUACAGACCGAUGCCACUCGGUUGACCAAAAUCCAACUCUUGCAAAACAUCUUGCAGAUCAUAAAUACAGGUAGUACACUUUCUAGAAAUAUAGAGGGAGCUAGUCACCAGUGGUCUCGUAAUCUUACCCCUACCCCAUUGGAAGGAUUUGUUAAUGGGACAAGCACCCUCUACACUGAGGAUCCCAUCCUGGCGCCAGUGGAAUUUCCUAACCCAGGAGUAACCCCUGGAUCCCACAAUGACUACCAAGCAAUUUCCAACUCAUGGGCAUGCAUUGGUGGUGGAUUCGGAUCAGAAGUUCAUAAUUUCAACAAUAACUGCUCGAGCAGUUCCUACGAUAUUCAAGCAGAACAGCCACUUCCUGCAUUAGUCUCAGUUUCUCCUGAAUGUUCCAGUGUCAAUCAAACGGAAAGCAAAAUGAACCUGCCUUGCAUCUCCACUCACUCAUCUACCUCCAACAUCUUUGAAGCUUGGGGAGAACUUAUGGAUGAUGAAACCAGUGUCUCCUACUGGAAGGAUAUUCUAGGGUAGCCAGUAUUGAUGCCACUGUCACCAAUCUUAUGGUAGAUCACUCUUGUCCCCAUGUACCAGACAAUCAACUUCACACCCAGUAAAUAUUGGUCAAUCCAUGAUCGUCUCUUCUACUUGAGAAAGCUUUUUAUUUUUAUUGUAGUUCUUUUUUCAUUAGUACAGCUUAUUAUCAUGAAGCUACCUCUGUAUACAGACACCUUCAAAGUCUUAUAUACUUAGGAAAUACCUCUUGUAUCAAAACACCUAAUGUACUUUUGUGUCUUGUAAAAUUUUCCCAAUAAGGUGAAUGUUCCAUGUAAUUGAUGUUUUUUCUUA